AUGUUUUACACUAAAGGAGAACCAGAAGAAGAAUUAAUUAAACGUGUUCCAAGAAUAAUUUCUGCUCUUUUAAUUUUGUUGGUUUCUUUAAUUGACACUCAAUACUCUAAUGUCCAGAAGAAUUCAAAUGUUGAUUUGUCUGGAACUACUUCAAGUUCACAAUCCGGCAUUGGAGGAAAGAAAGAGGUAAAAACCAAACCAAUAAUUCCAAUAGUAACAUCAGAAUUAACUCGAAGUAUUGAAACUCCAGCAAAAUUGGUUUCUGAAGCUAUAAGAACAUUCCUAGUUAGAAUAAAUGCUGAAAAUGUUAUUGAAAAAAUGAAUUCUGAGCGUGUUUGGUCUAAUAUUGUUAGUUCUCAACAUUAUAUUAAUGCGUUAUCAAGUUUUUGUUGUGCCCUUUUCAAUUUUCGUCCACAAUUUAUUGGUGAUUUGAUGAGAUUGGAAUGUGAAUGUUUAAGAGGUGGAGAAAAUGUUUUAAAAAAUGUUUGUGAUGCUGAAAGGAUUGUUGCUGUAUCUAUUCUUUCUUCUUUAAUUACAAGCUGUCCUCAUAAAAAUGGAGAAUUUGAUUCUUCUUUGUUUUGCGAUGUUUUUGGAACGUUGGAAGGAGCUUUAAAAGAUCAACUUUUGACUGUUCGAAAAAUGGCAUUACACGGAAUUGGACAAAUUAGUCAUUUAAAAGGGCCUGAUGCAGAUGAAUUAAUUUUAUGUUUUUCUUCACGUUCAGUGGAAGCUGCUUUAGCUGGUUUAGAUGAUUAUUGGGACAGACAAGACCAAUUAGCAACAGAAUCAAUAGCUUCAUUAGACUCUUUAGUUGGUAUAUCUCAACCAAAAUUAAUUUUAAAUGUAUUACCUCAAUUAUUAUUAAAAAUUCGGCCGUGUUUUGAAAAGGAAAAUGAAUUGCUUAGAUCUAGCGCUUUUUCUCUUUUUGCUGGUUUAGGCUUUUCUGUUGGAAAUUAUGAUAUAUUUAAAGAAAGUUUACAUAGCAAUAUAAUUAGUAUUUUGUUACAUUUGAAUGAUAAGGAAGAAAAUGUUAAAUUGGUAAGCGUAAAAAAUUAUAAAAAAAAAUUAAAGAAGUAA